AUGGAUACAACCGACCAAUUAUUAUGUCUUCAACAGGAGUUGAAUAGUCUACUGGAACGUGGUGGAUUUCAGCUACGGAAAUGGGCCAGUAAUUGUCCUGCCAUUCCAGAGAAAGUACCAUUGGAGCAUCGCGUCACACAUCUCCCUCUACACAACGAUUCGGAUACGGCCGUCAAAUUGUUGGGUGUUUCCUGGAAUGCCACUAAAGACACAUUUUCUAUACAAGCCCGUGACAUGGAAGCGAGUGGACCUGUCACAAAACGACAGAUAUUAUCUGAUAUUGCACGCAUUUAUGAUCCCUGUGGUUGGCUUUCACCCUUGAUCGUCGUAGCCAAGCUUUUGUUACAACAACUUUGGAAGGAACAGGUCAGCUGGAAUGAUAAGGUAUCAGAAUAA